AUGCGGCAGAAAAGCCAAAACUGUGAGGAUGUGCAGGAGUCGUCUUCCUCCCAUUCCUCGGGUUCUCUCUUCUCUUCUUCCCAGAUCUGCAGAAGACCCUACGAUUCUCGUCCCAAGUCGUUUCGUCUCUUACGACAGAAAAUGUCGAUUUUCGCCUUCGUUCGUGCCCGCAGGUUUCUCUCUCUUGGUUUCCUACUCUUCUGUCGGACGGUUUUUCUGACGCCAACGUCAUCGCCUUCACUUCCAUUCUUCCCUGUUUCAGCGCAAGGGGUGUACCCUCCAGAGUCUGGAGGAUUCCCCUCGCUUUCGCCUCUUCAACAACUGCAGAUUCUACAGCAGCAGCGAGCCCUUCCUCUCGGAUCUUUCGGUGUCUCUCCGUCGAUGCAUCCCGGCGGGACCCAGCAACCACAACUCCAGGUUCCCUCUCUCCCUUCUUACCCAAACAGUCCAAACGUCUCCUCUUUCCCCUAUUCGCUUCCUCCAAGGUACGCAGGAGGAGGAAUGAUGCCUUAUUCACCCCACUCUUCACCUCCGGUGUACAAUCACCCGGCUUCUGGCCCCCCUGAAACCGCGUCCUCUCAAGUGUAUGUACAGCAGGUCACUUCGUCGCCUUCCCGGGCUCCACAAUACUCUCCCCCCCCCGAACUCUCCAGUCAAAGCCAGGGAGGUUAUUCGCAGUUACGAAAUCCUCCUUCCCAGUUGAGCUCUAAUGGCUUCCUCCCCUCCUCAGUCUCCUCUGCACAACCCGACGGUUCUUCCGUGCCAAGAGGAAGCGCAUCCGGAGACAGCCGGGGGACGAUGCGGUUGUCGGGGGUAUCUGAAAACGCAGACACCUUGUCGACACUUUCGCCACAAGAACAGCAGGAACUUCUGAGGCUGCUCGGUGGAGGACGGGGUGAGGUCUCAGGUGGAAGCUUCGGGAUUCUUGAAGGCAGCGGCUUCGCGCAAACGCCGUCUCCUAUUUCAAGUCCUGGGGUGUACGUACACCCGAGUCGGCCUCCCCCCUCUGCAGAUCCACCGAUGUAUAACCACAGUCACCAACAGACAGGUCUUUCCCAGUUCGAGUAUGGCCAGGCCGGAUGGGGUCUGUCUCGCGGGGGCCCUCCGCAGAAUACUCAGCAAGCCUACGAAAUGCUUCAGAGAAACUAUCUUCAAGCUGCUGAAACUUCGGCGCCCGAUAUUUCCCGUCUUCCCGCUUCUUCUCCGCUGCCUGCGCUUCACCAACAGCUUCUUCGCUCUCCUUCGUUCGCUUCUCCAACUCACAGUCCGCCCUCUGCCUCGCCACCUCCCGCCGCGUCUGCCUUCUCUCCUCCUUUCCCGCCCUCCUCUUCUCACCCUUCUGCGGCUUCGUUCUCUCCGUCAUCUCCGUUCCCAGCCUCUUCUUCUGGACACGCGCCGGCGUACCAGUCGGCGCCUCCAACGCAGAGGCCCGCAGGAGGCCCCGCCUUCUCGGGGCAAAGCGCAGGCGAAGCGCCUCCUCUCGCGUCGCCCCAGAGGUCCUUUUCUCUUCCGCCUGCCUUCUCCUCAGUCCUCAGAGUUCUCCUCGACGACCUUGCCCGCGGCAGAACCGACACCGUUGAAGAAGUUGCGGGGAUUCUGCUGCAGCACCUGCCCGAGCAGCAGCGACACCAGGUGUUCGCCAUUCUAACGAAGGCCCUCGCUGCCGCCAAAGCCAAGUCGGAUGCGCCCCGCUCCUCGUCUCAGCUCGCUGAGACCCUCUCGGGCUUCUCCAGUGUAUCUACACUCCAGGAAGCUGGCCAAGGAGUCGCGGGAAGGGACAGACCAGGCGAGGGCGCGCCUUUCUCCUACUCCGCUCCUCGUCCUUAUCCGGCCUUCCCUCCCCCUGCAUCUAACGCUGCAUAUAACUCCUCUAGUUGGCCGUACGGUUUCUCUUCCCUUUCAAUGAAAUGUGUACAUCUGUGCACUCCAGAAACCGAAAAAGAGACACGAGACGGCCCUUACCUCGGGCAAGUCCUUUGUGGCUCGGAUGGCCUUGUCUACCCCACAGUUUGCGACUACGAGAGAGCGCGAUGCAUGCAUCCUCAGCUCGAAGUUAUUAGCCUCAGUAAAGAUGGAAGAGACUGCCCUCCACCACCGCCCCCGUUUCUUCCUCCCCCUCCUUCUCUUCGCUCGCCUUCUUCCUCUUCUCCUUCUUCCUCUUCUCCUCCUUUUUCCCAGGACUCGCUCCGUCAGUGUUUGUCUCUGCCCGUCUGCCAAGUGCAGGAGAGCAGCUCUUCUGCGUCCGCGACUCGUGCUUUCUCCUUCUCUCCAGAGACUCUGCUACAGGCAGAUCAACACUGGGAGCCCCAGUGCGCCUCAGAUGGGAACACCUACGCCAAUCCCUGCGUCUUCGCUGUUGAAGCCUGCGUCAGACGAGUCACCGGACAGGACCCACUCUUCAAAAUCCACGAAGGCGUUUGCGGCCAGCAGCUCUCCCCAACCUCAUCCACUGCUUCUUCCGCUCCUUCGUCUUCCUCCUUUUCCUCCUUUUCUUCUUUGUCUCCGUCGUGGUCCUCGUCCUCGGCGUCUGCUGUGUCCCCCUUGAGUUCCUCCUCGUCCCUCGCCGACAAGAAGGCGGGGAGUUUGGUGGAGAGACGCGAGAAUGACGAAGCCUCUGGGGACGGACGGGAGCGCCCAGAAGACGCGUCGGACGAGGCGCGUUUGGAAGGGUAUGAGGGGAGAGAGAGGCCCGGGGAGAGCGGUAAUGAAGGACGAGGGAAACGCCCAGAACAAACGAAGGACAGCGCGAGCAGGGGGGAGAACAAAGAGAAACAGGCAAGGAGAUCUAAUGACAACACUGACUCACUUCCAGAGGAGGAUCCUAACUCGGCAUUCUCGUCCACCGCUUCUCUCUUCGCCGCGUCUGCGCAUGCGGCGUCUCUGGAUGAGGAGUCUGAGACUCUGGGAGGGGAUUCGAAGAAGAAGGACGUGCACAAAGCCGCGACAGAGCCAAGCGAGGGGGGCGCUUCAAGGAUGCAGAGCGGGCGACUGAUUCCGAUCAGAGAAAAGCCGUCUCUGAGUGGAUCCCAAAGCGAUAAAAAAACCUUCCCCUUCGUCUUGCACAACAAAGCUUCGGCAUCAGACAGAAAAAACCACGUCGGCGUCCAGACUCCUUCCUCCACCUCCGCUGCGCCUCCGUCUCUGCCUUCUUCUUCCACCACUACUACCUCGGCACCUUCUUCUCACUCUCCUUCUUCUUUGCCUGAUUCCCCUCCUUCUACCAACUUCUCUGCACCGUUCUCUCCUUCUUCUCCUCCUUCGCGCUCUGCCAUGUCUUCAGUUUCAACUGUGGAAGCCGAGGCAGUGCUGUCAUCCCAGCGAGGAAGGCACCCGACGGAAGCGACAGAGGAAAAGCGAGGAGAAUUGCGGGAAGCGAAGCAAGAAACAACACAGCGAGAGUCUGUUGGUGAAGCGCUGGUCGGCAGAGUCUCCGCACUGUUGCGUGGAGAGUCUCUUCCGGGCCAGGGAGCGGCCAGGGAGGCGGCAGUGGAGGAGGCGACGCGACUCGCGGCGGUACGAGGAAAAGAGGGCGGGGACUGGGAGCAAGGAGACGAACCGACACAGCGGGAAGACGAGCAAGCAGAAAAGAAAAUCGUAAAGUUGAGAAACGAAAUGCACACAGAUGCCCAGAAGGCGUCUAUGCAGCAGUUGAUGCAGAAACGGGAAGCGGUGCAGAAUCUACAGAACAUGCAAAACCUUCAACUCGAGUUACAACAGCAGCAGCCGCCCUCCCAGUUCGAUGCAAAGAGCUUCCUCACUUCUCUUCACGGGGUGACGUCUGUCCAAGAGCUCAUGGAAGAGCGGACGCGACAGAAAUUGGAGGAGCUGCAGAGGGCAGACUCGCAGAGAGAGCAGACGAAAAAUCGAGCUGACACUGUCAAAGGGCACUAUUCUCCGGUUUUGGCCUUUGUAGAAGGCCCCCACGGGUUUGCCGCUCGGCCACAGCAAGAUGCCGAAGGUUCGCGGCCUUUGCCAACCUCUGAUCGUGUUUCUUCUUCUCCGUUUGUCGUUUUUCAAAAUCCGGGAGGUGCUGGGGUGUAUGAACAGACCCCCGGCGGGGCGGCUGGCGGCCUGGGGGGCUCUCAGCGCAGCGGACACACGGCGCCUCAGCUUGAAGGGCAAAAUGUAUCUCCUUACUCACUUUCGCAGCUGUCUCCGAUUUCCUCGUCUUUCGUUCCUUCGCUUUCGUACCCAACUUCGGCGCUACCUCAGCUGUAUCCUCCCUCGUCUCCUAAUCCUGCUUCUCGUCAUGGCGUUUCUUCAGACGGUCCGCCUGUCGCUCCGUCCUCCCUUUAUUCUCUCUCUGUCUCUCGCCCCGGCGACCCUUCUCCAGGCCCUCUGUCUCCAUCGUCUUCCUCCUCACCCUCCCUGCCACCCAACGCUCUCUAUCUCCACAGCGAAACCAGCAGAUCGAACUUCUCCUCUUCUUCCUCGGUGCCCGCCCCCGCCUCUCCGUCUUCAUCUCCCUCUUUGUCUAUCUACUCACCUGUGUCUGCCUCUCCAGCUUCCCCUUCCUCUUCAUCUGCCUCUUCCUCUCGAUCUGUGUCUUCCAGUUCCUCUCAGUCGUCUCUUCCCUCGCCCAGCCAGUGCAACUUUCUCUGUCCCCCUGGAGGCCCGGUGGUUUGCGGGACCGACGGACAGACGUAUGAGAACGAGUGCGAAGUUCGGGUGUACGCAUGCCUGCAGCGAACGGCGACGCUGAAGGUGAAACAUCGAGGGGCUUGCAAGAAGCAGUCCGGACAACUGGAAGAGGAGACGAAGCGAGGGAAGGAAAACACAGAGAAGAAAGACGAUGCUCGACGAGGCGUGGACGGACAGGAUUCUCACGGCGGCAGGCUCCGCGAUGGAGGCAAAGACGGCUGGUCGAAGGACACCCCAAAGGCCAAGACAUACACCCCGAAGCCCAGUCGGGACACCCCAGAGGUCGGUAGAGACACUCCACGUUCGCCGGUUUCAUGGCGUUCUUCCUCCACCCAGGCGCAGCCCUCGAAGUCUGUUUUUCUUGAUGGCACCUCUCGAGCAGAGGAUUUGGUGGCUGAAGACACGAGUUUAGGCAUGCAGACUGGGAGAGUCGAGCGAGGAGGCACCGUUCCGUCGCUUGCUUCUUCUGCUUCUCCAAGUCGAAACGGAGGACUCCAGGAAAGACUCAGAGAUGCGACUUCGUCUCAGAACGAGGAAGGGGCUUCUCUACUCGGUGGGAAAGAAGACCGGGACCGCUGGGACUUCUCUCUCGCUCUAGACGGUAUCACCCAAACUCUCAGUGCCGAUCCCGCAUCUUCGGCGAACAGCCGCGUCUUCUCUCCCUUCGCGUUCCGUGAAGGGAGAGAAGAACGAGGAAGCAGAGACCCACCUUUCUCUGCAUCGCUCUCUUCUUCUUCCCCUUCUGCUUCUGACGCGUUUUCUCUGGGAGCAAAGAGCCGAGAGACGCCCGACCGCGAGGGGCAGGAACUAGCAGAGAGAGGAAAGAAGGAGACUCCGAUGCUCGACGAGGCGUCGGGUGUGGCAGGGCGAGACGGGAGAAGAGAGGCGGGUGACGAAGCGGAGAACGAAGAGAGGGGGAAGCGACGGGAGAGGCCGUCGUGGGAGAGUCGGUUUUCCUCUCCCCAAAGGCUCGAAACCUCGUCGCUUCGGACGGACAUCAAACCCGAUAGUGGACCUGAAGCGCGAGCGCGAGACAAAGCGUUUUUAGAGCCUUCGCUGCCGAGACAAAACGGCGCCACAGCGGUCACGGGGGCCAGGGAAGGAGAGAAGAGCGCCGCCGCUGGGAGCUACCAGGCAGGGAAGAGGGCGGAGGACUCACAGACGUCAACGACACACUUUCUUUCGUCCUCGGCAGGGCAGGCGAAGACGACGAACGGCGAGGAAACGGAUCGGGGGCAUCGAAAAACGGAUGAGGAAGCAGGAGACAAGGAGCUGGACUAUCUCGACGAUUUGGCGCGUCUGAAAGCCAUGAUCGACUGGGACAGCUUCGAUGACGAUGACGCGAAAGAAGAAAAAGAACAAGAAGACGGAAUCAUCGACGAUGCUCCCUACAUCUACAUUGAGGGCCAAGAGACAGGGAAGGGAGAGACUCUGCCCUAA